CUCGUCUGCGAGCCCCUUGCAAUUACCUGUUUGAGCAGAGCUGAUGUGAGCGCGAGUUGGCGAGCACAUGCCACGUUGGGAGAGGAGCCAAGACUAACCAGCGCGAGCGAGUGAAGCGAGCCGGGCGCGCGAGGACUCUUUGAUUUAAUCCACCUGCUUAAAUAACUACAGUAAAAGAAAUAAAAUUGUGAAGUGGGUUUUAACAAACCUUCGAAUCAGAAACAAAGCUGACUAAGGAUCUGUGAGAAUAGCCAGGAUGAUGCACUUGUUGUCCCUCCUCUUCUCCGCGCUCCUGUGCCAAGCGUCGUCGGCGGAAAAAAGCAUCAUCGGCCUGUAUGGGGGAACGGUGGAGAUUCCUUGCACCUUCGAAGCCAACAAAAUCAAAGACGUCACGUUGACGAAAUGGAAAUAUGAAAAUGUAGACCUUUUGGUCAAAUCUAAGGACAAGGAAACUGUAAUCUUAGCCACCGAUGAGUACAAGGAUCGCAUCAGCCUGGCGGCAAAUCUCAGCCUCCUGCUUACCGGAGCCAAGCUGACCGACCAGCACACCUUCACCUGCCAGGCAUUGAUUACCACAAACUUUGGUCCAAAUAUUAAAGACUUUUCACAUGCUCUAAUCGUCCACAAGGCGCCUGAAGCUCCUUUUAUAACCGAGAAGGCAGCAGAACUGGAGAUUGGCAAACUCACAAAGCUUGGAAAAUGCAUUGCAAAAAAUGCUAAUCCACCUGCAAAGAUCGUAUGGCUGAGGAACAACAAAGCACUUACGAAUGAAGAAAAUCGGACUGUGAUUAUGGUGAACCAGACUUCUGGUUCGUUAGACACCGAAUCCACGCUGCUGUAUUCUGCGCGGAAAGAAGACACAGGCGCCCAGUUCAGCUGCAGGGCGGAGCACUCGCUGGCCAGUGGCCUCGUGUCCCCCCCAGAGACCUUCGUCAUCAACUACUCCACAGAGAAACUCGUCCUGGAGGUCAUCUCGAAUUCUCCACCCGUGGAGGGAAACGACGUGACUUUGAAGUGUGUGGCAGACGGAAACCCUCGUCCCACCAGCUUUAACUUUCACAUCAAGGGAAAUGUGACGAAAGUGGAAAAUUCAGACAAUUACACCAUCGCAAACAUCUCACGCAAAGACAGCGGAGAAUACAAAUGCUCUCUAAUUGACCACCCCUCGAUAGAAGCAGCCAAGAACAUCACAGUCCAGUACCUAGACGUCAAAUUAAACCUGGAUAAGACGGUCAUCAGACACGCAGGCAACUCUUUGAAUCUAAGUGUCAGCAUUGAUUCCUCCGACACAGCAACGGUCUCAUGGACAAAGGGAGGUGUUAAAAUUAACAAAGAGCCCGAGAUCGCCAAGCUUGCCUACUCAGAUGCCGGUUUGUAUGAGUUGGAGGUGACGAUGGGCCCCCUCAGCAGAAAGGCUUCUUUUCGUCUGACUGUCGAAGGUGCUCCGGUUAUCAGAAAACUGGACGAUCAGAACGACAAAGACGGCCACCGUAAAGUCUUAAUUUGUGAGGCCGAAGGUUCCCCAAAGCCAGUUGUUUCCUGGAACAUCAACGGCACUUUGAUUGAUGAGAAAUCCUUCGACAAUGGCACAAUAAAACAUAAGAUCUCAGUGAUGCCCUCUGCAAACCUGAGUGUAGCUUGUACAGUGUCCAAUUCGUUUGGCAUUGACACCAGAGUCAUAACUGUGUCUUCUCUAUUUGAGGAUGUGAAAGUGGAUAAACGAGAUUCUUCAGACGACGAUGACAAAACCAAACUGGUUGUCGGAGUUGUAAUCGGGCUCCUGGUCGCAGCAUUGGUUAUAGGCGUGGCCUACUGGAUGUACAUGAAGAAAUCCAAGCAAGGAAGCUGGAAAACUGGUGAGAAGGAGAAUGGGUCUUCUGAGGAGGAGAAGAAGUUGGAGGAGAAGAUGGAGGAGAACAGCCAGAAAGCAGACGUGUAGACAAAACCAUUUCUGAAAGAGUGAAGUGAAAGGUAGAGAGCAAGUGAGGACGCAGAACUUUUGCACAUUUCUCUUCACCUCAGUUCUGGGAAACAUUACCAUUCAUUUGGGAUGACGACAGCUUGGAUUUGGUUUCAGGGACACUUUUACAA